AUGGGCGAGCCGCCGGCGGUGUCGGCCCUCUCGCUGGCCGAAACCGCCACCGACAACCCCAAAAAGGCCAUCGAGCAGGAAAUCAACCCGUGGGACGUGUCGGCUGCCACGGACGAGGAGGGCAACGUGCUGGCCUUUGACUACGAGGCCAUCUCGCGCAAAUGGAACACCAAGCUCAUUGACCAGGAGCUCAUUGAGCGCUUCGAGCGCGUCACCGGCAAGAAGGCUCACCGCUGGCUCAGGCGCGGCCUGUUCUUCUCGCACCGCGACCUCGACCGCAUCCUGGACUUCUACGAGCAGGGCCGCCCCUUUUUCCUCUACACCGGCCGCGGGCCCUCGUCCGACAGCAUGCACAUUGGCCACACGAUCCCCUUUGAGUUCACCAAGUGGCUGCAGGACGUUUUCGACGUGCCGCUCGUCAUCAUGUUGACCGACGACGAGAAGGCCCUGUUCAAGGACAACCUGACCUUCGAGGAGACGAUGCAGUGCGCGCGCAACAAUGCCAAGGACAUCAUCGCCAUUGGUUUCGACCUGAAGAAGACGUUCAUCUACAGCGACCUCAAGUACGUCGGCGGGCACAUGUUGCUGAACGCGUGGGAGUUCUCGAAGCUCGUCACCUUCAACCAGGUGCGCGGCGCGUUCGGGUUCGACUCGAGCACCAACGUGGGCCGCAUCUUCUACCCCAUGCUGCAGUGCGUUGCGGCGUUUGCGACGUCGUACCCGGAGCUCUGGGGCGACGACCCGGCGUCCGACUUCCGCAACAAGAAGACGGCGCAGAUCCCCUGCCUGAUCCCCUGCGGCAUCGACCAGGACCCGUACUUCCGCCUGCUGCGCGACAAUGCCCACCGCAUGAAGAACCCGUCGCCCAAGCCCGCCCUCAUCCACUCCAAGUUCCUCACGGCCCUGCAGGGCGCCGGCGGCAAGAUGAGCGCCUCCAACGCCAACAGCGCCAUCUUCAUGUCCGACACCCCCAAGCAGAUCCAGAAGAAGGUCAACAGCCACGCUUUCUCCGGCGGCCAGGAGACGCUCGAGCUGCACCGCGAGCUCGGCGGCAACCCCGACAUCGACGUCGCCUACCAGUAUGUCACGUACUUUGAGGAGGACGACGACAAGCUCAAGACGCUGUACGACGGCUACAAGAAGGGCGAGAUCCUCACGGGCGAGAUGAAGAAGGAGUGCAUCCGCCUGACGCAGGAGUAUGUGCGCGGCUUCCAGGAGCGCCGCAAGGCCGUCACCGACGACCUGCUCAAGCAGUACAUGGAGCCGCGCAAGCUGGACUUUGGGGGCAACCCGAACCCCAUCAAGAAGGAGAAGAAGGAGGGCGAGAAGAAGGAGGAAAAGAAGUGA